UUGACGGUUCAUUUCGAAGCUCGCUGCAAACCCGUAUCUGCAAAAACACACAGCUGCUGCAAACAUUAUCUCAUGCUCCAGGCUAUGGUAUCUCACAGCUGCUUCUCCAUCUGUCUUCCUCCUUUGGCAUGUCCUUGCCAUCUUUGGAAACAGGCCUCAGAGGCGGAACCUUCUGCCCCGUUGAGAAUGUCUCAUGAACUCAACUGAGAAAGCCAAGCUCCCUGGUGGCCCUCCAAGCAGCGGGCUUCAGAAACUGGUGGCUAAGUUGGGUGACACCAUGGAGAAGGAGAGCCCAUUGCUUCGUACAGUCCUUCUCAUGAUCUUCUGCAUCCCAGGGAUCUUGACUGGCACAGUUUUGGAAGGAAAGGUCUUCGUGUUCCCCAAGGCUUCUAGUGACUCCUACGUUCUCCUGAAGCCCAACUUGCAACAAGAGCUCCAGCGCUUCACCGUCUCUCUCCAAUUCUACACCGACUUGACCCGCACCUUCGUCCUCUUCUCGGCUGCUUCCCCGCAACACGACAACGAGAUCCUCAUCAUCCGGCACCCCCAAGAAUACCACACUUGCGUGGGUGGCGAAUGCAUCACCUUCCAAGCCUCCAGUCUUGCAAGCAGGACUACCGUCCGCUGGGAAGCUGUUUGCAUGACUUGGGAUUCGGCUACCGGGAUCAUCCAGUUGUGGUUGGACGGGCAUCGUUUGCCAAGGAAAGGGGCAGCGAAGGGCUAUCAGGUCAAGAGGGAUAUGGUGGUGAUCCUGGGGCAGGAACAAGAUUCCUACGGGGGCUCCUUUGAAGUGGGGCAGUCCUUUGUGGGAGAAAUGGCUGAAGUCUACCUGUGGGACACCGUCUUAUCUGCGGAACAGAUAAGCGGUGCCCACAAUCGUAUGACAUCGACCCCUUUAGUGGGCUGGAACUCACUAAACUUUGAAAUCAAAGGCUACGUGCUGAUAGAGCCAUUGUGAAGCCUUCCGUCAAAGAUGGGAAGGAGAAACUGCCUCAAGAAGUCCUCACCGCAGGCCUGAACCUCUUUGUCUCUCUUAACAAAGAGAGUUUUGAUUGUGUUUUGAUUGUAUUUUCAUUCAUAUUUAUUUUUGUGUUUACU